AUGGGAGUCCUCGAUAUCGUACCUGUGAGUAAAUGAUGCGCUUGUUCAAUCCGCGCUUUGACUUUUUCAGGUUGCUGACCCUGUGUCGGUGUCGUACUGCUUGUGUGUCUGGCGUUCCUGCGCUGCCAGGCGUGCGUGUUCCGGUUGGCGACCCCGUCGUGCCCCACUUGGGCCCACACACCGGAUACACCCAGCUGACCGGUGCUUGUGACAAUGAUUGCGAUGGAUCCCCACAGCGGCGUCAUUACGGGCCAGAACUUGGUCAAGCUCUUUGACUAUGCCCGAGAGAAGCAUGUACGUUCCUGCUCUGUCGUGGGGCUCUCUCGGCGAGUUGCGCUCCGUCGGACAGGCAACCUCGGCGGAGGUCGCUAUGACUACGGUCACUGAUUCGAGACCAACGAUUCCUCCCCAUCACAGUUCGCCAUCCCCGUAAGUAUCCACCACGGCCCUCGACGACGACGUUCCCAACUCGACGGGGACGUCGGCGCGGCGGGCUGAUCCGAUUACGGCUGUGGUCCCCAUCGAUGGGCGUCCUCAUCGAUGAACCGACAGAGCGAAGACGAUCCAGAUCUGCGUCCCCGAGCUGACCCCGUUUGACCCUUCCCUGAUGACCGUCAUCUUGCUGUGCGCAUUGUCAUGCGUAGGCUUUCGUAAGUUCUUUGCGCAUCUCGCUCCUUCCCCCCCUGACCCCCAAGUCUCUGUCCUUCCUUUGGGCUCGGCUGCCCCUCCGACCUGUCCCGCGCCGAACGGCCGGCUUCCGUCGAGUUCCGACUCGCUUCGGCGCGCUCAACUGCACCAGCACGGACCGCACUUCCCGGGGCGAGCCGCACCUCAUGUUCGAACGGGUGCUUGAUCCCCCUCUCGCUGUUGGCUGACUCUCGCUUGGCAAUGUUUCCGAUCAACUGUAGAACGUCACCUCGUCCUCGACCGCCGUGGCCGCGCUUGAAGGCGCCCGCGACUCCAACGCGCCCGUGAUCCUCCAGGUCUCGCAAGGUGGUGCCGCCUUCUUCGGUGGCAAGGGCUUGAAGAACGACCAGCAACAGGGUUCGAUCGCCGGCGCCGUCGCGGCCGCUCACUACAUCCGCGCUAUUGCCCCCGCUUACGGCAUGUGAGUGACCAGCGAGCAGCGAGCAGCGAGCAGCGAGCCCGUCACCAGCAAGUGUCGGGGUCUGAUGUUGUGCACUGCUUGUCUUUUUCAGCCCCGUCGUUAUCCACUCUGACCACUGCGCCAAGAAGCUUUUGCCUUGGUUCGAUGGUCAGUCGGUGCGGACAUGCUCACACCAAAGUUGAAAGCAGUCAGGACGGAGCUGACCCGAUUCACCACAGGGAUGCUCGAGGCCGACGAGGCGUACUACAAGGCCCACGGCGAGCCCUUGUUCUCGUCGCACAUGCUCGACCUCUCGGAAGAGUCCAAGGAGGAGAACAUUGAGGUGUGCGUCAAGUACUUCAAGCGCAUGGCCAAGAUCGACCAAUGGCUCGAGAUGGAGAUCGGCAUCACCGGUGGUGAGGAGGACGGCGUCGACAACACCGGCGUCGACAACGCGUCGCUCUACACCCAGCCCGAGGACAUCCUCGACAUCCACAACGCGCUGUCGCCCAUCUCGCCCAUGUUCUCGAUCGCGGCCGCGUUCGGUAACGUCCACGGCGUGUACAAGCCCGGAAACGUCAAGUUGCAGCCCGAGUUGUUGGCCAAGCACCAAAAGUACUGCCACGAGCAGCUCAAGUCCAAGAACCCUCUUCCCAUGUAAGUUGAAAAAUCGAUGAGAGGUUUUUUUUUUUUUUUUUUGCUUUCUCUUUCGCGGCGUUGCUGAUCGAGAGCAUGGUCCAACAGCUACCUUGUCUUCCACGGUGGAUCCGGCUCGACCAAGGAGGAGAUCUCGACCGCUGUCCAGAACGGUGUGAUCAAGGUCGGUGCACUUGCGUCCCUAGUGGUAUGUGGCAUCGUGACUGAUGUCGAGUCUGCUUUUGACACAGAUGAACGUCGACACGGACGCGCAAUGGGGCUACAUGAUCGGCUUCCGCGACUACUUCAAGGAGAAGGCCGCGUACCUCGAGACGCAGGUCGGCAACCCGGAAAAGCCCGACGGCCCCAACAAGAAGUACUACGACCCGCGCGUGUGGGUGCGCUGCGGCGAGGUGACGAUGAAGAAGCGCGUGCAAGAGUCGCUCAAGGAUUUGUUGACCGAGAACACGCUCUGA